GCGGCAGUCAGCCUCGAGCUGCAGCGCGGUGUGGGUGUGUUCUUUCCUCAUUCUAUCCUUGUAGCGAUUCACGAAGCCGGUUAGCUUUUAGACGAGACAGUGUGUGCGUUGACCUUUGACAUUUUUCCUCUUUUCUAUCUUCAUUGACAAAGAACUCGACCUACGGCUCCUCGUGAGAAAGAUUCAUUUUAUAUCCUUUUUAUAUCUAAUCAUAUCGAGGAGCUUCUCGCCUUCCCAUUUUUCAUCUGAUCGUUCGAGAACACUGUGUCAAGGUCGCUGAUAGAACGGACUUUGGCCUCUUUGUGAACUCGGAGCAUGGAAAAUGAAUUUUUAAAACGUUUCUGCUCCUCUCGUUGUCUUCAUCGUCUAUCUUUGUCGUCUUCGUUAUUCUCGCGGUCGUCAACGUCGUUCGUGUAAACAGAAGUUGGUGCGUACUCUCCUCUAUGUGCGCGACUAUCUACGGAGUAUCGUGUAUGCUUCUUUUAGAAAAAUAAUACGCAAUUACUACGCAUCUUGUGCCAUUGUCCUCACCUCUUCUUUUCCUCUUUUGGGAUAUGGUACACGGUUUCAAGGUCGACAAUCUCACGGAGUGAACGAUCGGAGUUCUUCCGCGGGAAUAGCGCGAUCCAAAUAGAGAUCGGAUUGAAUCAGCUGGAUCAAAUAAGAGAAAAAUAAAGAAAACGACGGAGAGAGGGUGAAAGAGAAAGGAAGAGAAGUUGCAUAGACUUUGUUCCGAUUUACGAAGAUGUGACAAUGACCAUCGUCAUUUUCGUCGCUGCAACGACGCCAUUGCAUUGUUUAUUGAAGCUUCUUGAUGAUGACGCAGUUAUCAACAUAAGGACAACUUGGGAACUUUGGAUUUAGUCAACGAAGAAUUUUGAUUACGACGGAAACGAAACAAAAGGAAAGGAAAACGACAACUUUAUUCCGCAAUGGAAUAUUUUCCUUUCUUUAUUAAUCCUUUCAUUUUCCGUUCAAUGCCACAUGAAAAUCAUUGAAGAGAGAUCGAUCGUACAAGUGCUCGCAGUCAAGAACGAACAUGACAAAGAAUGAGAAUAGGUUUUUUUUCUGUAGUUGUUUGCAACGACGACGACGACGACUUUCUAACGACGUGUAGUAAGCUCCAGAAAGAGAAAAAAGAAAGAAAAAAAUGUGGUCCCAACAACAACAACAGCAACAACAACAACAACAACAAAAACAACAGCUUCAGCAACAGCAGCAGCAACCACGGACUUACUUGAGAGGAAUUGCCUUUCAACAUCCACAGCAACAGAACGUUCAUCUCGGUAUCGUCGGUGUCGACGAUACGCCGCAGCAUCAGCAUCAACACCAUCAUCAUCAGCUUCAACAUCAUCUGAGGGGAUCGAGUGGCAUGGAUCUACCGUUGUCAAGUAAUCCGCGUGCUUCACGAAAUAUGGCGGAGAAACAACGCCGAGAUAAUCUUAACACCAAUAUCUCGACGAUGGCGGCUCUCGUUCCUACCGUCGCCGGAAGUUCGAGAAGGAUGGACAAGAUAUCUAUCCUGAGAUUAACUGCUGCCUAUUUAAGAACGCAAUACACUCUUGGUCGUGGAUCGGCCGAUUUCCUGCCAAAGCAAUUCAACGAUUUGGACGUGGAACAAUACUUUGUAGAUAAAUCAUUUUUAUUGCUUCGACAGAACUUAAUCGGCAAUGCUGGUUUCUUCAUUGUCGUAACUACGGCAGGAAAGAUCGUUUACGUUAGCCGGCAGGUGGAACGUCAACUUGGUCACGCUCAGAAAGAAUUAACGGGACAAUCUUUGUAUCACUUCGUUUAUCCUGAGGAUCACGAGGAGUUAACGAAAAAUUUAACGCCCGAUGAAAUGCAACCGAUGAUCGGUAGUUUGACCACGGACGUCGAUAACAGUUCCAAUUCCUCCGAGGAGUCAACCUCGACGACGUCGACGUCGCAAAGGAACACCGAGAGGAGGUCUUUUCGCGAGCAGAGACGGAGUUUCAAAUUGCGAAUGUCACAACGGACGGUUUCGAGACGAGAACAUACGCAGUAUGAGUGUCUACAUGUGUCGGGGGUUCUUAGGCUCGCGGAUGCUUGUAAAAAUUUUGACAAUCGUGCACGACAUCGAGAGACUACAUCGACAAGCAACGACAUCAUAUUCGUCGGUAUGGCAUGGCUACCCAAGAAACGUCCUAUCACCGAGAUCUCCAUAAUAGAUGCUAAUAAACAAGAGUACGUGACGCGACACUUGGUGGACGGUCGUAUUAUUUACUGCGAUCAUAGGAUAUCUAUUGUGGCAGGUUACCUAUCCGAAGAGGUUUCUGGUUUAAGCGCUUUCAGUUUUAUGCACAAGGACGACGUUAGAUGGACCAUCAUUGGACUUCGCCAAAUGUACGAUCGUGCAGAACCUUGCGGUUCAUCCUGCUAUAGGCUUCUUUCGAAAACUGGUGAGUUCAUUUACCUAAGGACCCAUGGAUAUUUGGAAUACGACAAAGAUACUCAAACCGUUGAAUCGUUUAUCUGCAUCAAUACCCUAGUCUCAGAAGAAGAAGGUAUUGAAUUCGUAAGAGAGAUGAAGGAAAGAUUUUCAGCUACGGUGUCUGGUGCUACGAAGGCGGUUAUGAUUCAAAAUAACGACGACCUUUCGUUCGAUCUGGGAUCGGAGUCACAAAAAUCGAAUUCCAAAGCUAGCCUGGAAGAUCCUUCGCAGUUAGAGGACGCGAUCACCCACCUCAUCAGCGAUUUACCUUCACCAGCUGUUUCAGAAGAUCGUUCUUCUCCAUCACCAAUGCCCAACGCUCAAUUCGCCAAAGCGGCCGUUUUUUCUCAAAGAUUACCACCGGCAGCUGCGCAAGCAAGCAAAUUCGGUAUUAAGAAGAUUGAUCACAAUUUCACGAUACAAGGUAAUAAAGGUAAUCUUACGUUAAAACAAGAACCACGAAUUGAAGUAAAACAAGAACUUCAGGCGAUCGAUAACAAAAUGGUUGCUGAUUCUAUCGUUAAGAAAGAAAUCAUAUCGGAUGGACAACAACGAAACGUUGGAAGGAGGAGAAAUCAGGAUCGUAAUAAUAUUGGCUCAUUGAGUUCAGGAAAACCUUUGAGUAUGAAGGAAAUGAUGGGACAAGUGGAAGUUAUGCGACAGGAAAAUCGUAAUAACGAAAGCACCAGGACUAAGGUCUUACCCGAACGUAAUGCAUCCGAAACGAAAGUUCUAAAGAAUAACAGUAGCGAGAUUGUGCUCGAAAAUGUAGGAAAUGGCAAGAGCGAGUCCGAGGAUGAAGAGUCUAGGAAAAGAUAUUCCUCGAAGAGGAUAUACGUUGAAGAAAACGUUGGAGGAACAGGCCGUAGUAAUAAAAAGCGAAGGAAUGAAAAAGGAUAUGAAAUUACUGAAAUUCAACUCGAACAACAACAACAACAACAGCAACAACAACAGCAACAACAACAACAACAGCAACAACAACAACAACAACAACAACAACACCGUCAUCACCAACAACAACAACAACAACAAAGUGGUGCUCCUUAUGUUAAUUGUAGGACGUUUAUCAAGGAAGAACAGUUGUCACCGCUCGCUGAUUUUGAUCAUUAUGGUCAGGUUCACACUCAACCGAUUCAGAUUAUAUCCACGGAGUCUCCGAAUUCUAGUCUUCAAGACGUUAACAUCGAGUAUCAGGACUUAGAUUCAUCUACACCGUUGGUGAUCUCGAAUAUGGUCGAUGACGAACAAUUUGGCGAUCUUCAGGAACUCAAGGAAGAACCAUUAUUAAGCUCGAGCCUGGACGCAAAUCCAGAUUUCAUGCUGAAGAUAUUCGAUGAACUACGGCCUGCAAUGGGUUUCGAAAAAAGCUUCAAUGAUAUAAACGUGCAACAGCUGACAGUCAAUAACCAGCAAGCGGUUAACGAUGAGAUAAGAAGGACACAUCUGCAACUUGCAAGUAGUAUGGUCAUACGAGAGUCCCAAUUCGAUGUAUUGGCACGCGAUUUGGAUAAUCCAGCUUUGCAAGCUCAAAGAAAAAAUUUAACCCAAUUACAGGUAAUGUCUUACAUCGAUUGCAGGCUGAACAUAAAAUGCAAAAACAAAUCCUAAAGUCUUUACAACAAGAUCAUCGCAACAUACAAGUCAAUGCGCAACAUAACAUUGGCGUUUAAAGUGUACAACGCAUACAUAAUAUAUGCCUACAUAACUUCUUCGUACGUUAAAGGCGACAUUUUCGUCCCAUAAAUUCACCCGAGGGAAAAUAACUUUGUCAAGCUCCACCAAAUUAUCGGCUUAACGAUAAGCUUUCAUGAACGUUAUUAUGUCGCUCUAAAGGGGAGGAAAAAAUAUAAAAGAAAAAGGACAACCAAGAAAGAAAGAAAGAAAGAAAAGAAAAAACAACGAUGAUCGACGUAUGUGCAAUAUGCAUUGAAUUCCACCACCAUGAAUAUUAUACUUCUUAUAUUUUGAAGAGACAACGUGUAAACCGACCGACAAAGGGGACUGACUUUUGAGGAAGCGUCAGGGUUGCGUCUAACCGAUCUUCGCGGGAGGAUCAAGUACUAUACGUAGAAGAAGGAAGAGGCAGAGGAAUAAGAAGAAAAAAGUUCACGUCAAAAGCUAAUUUAAUGUACUACGUUGGUGCUAGAGAUUUUAAUUAAAGACCUUUUUUUUUCAAUCGA